UUUCACUUUGAAAUUUACGGGAAUGAUGUGAGUUGAGGUCAAUGUGAGUUGAGGUCAAACAAAUAUUUUGUGUCGAUAAUUCAGGACAAGGUCCAAUCUGAGUUUAUAUAAUUGUGAAAAACAACCUCGGAUCCAGAAAUAUCUGAGGACACACCGUCAACUAUAGAAAAUGGCUGCCGCUGUAUGUUGGACGACCUUGUUCUUGUUGGUCAUCGUGUGGACUGACCACGUCUCAGAUGCUGUGACUCCCGCAAGACUGUCUCGAGUUGUAAGCCAAGUGAAGAGAAACUACCAACCCACUGGCAUGUUCAGUAUGGCAUUGAGAGUCCCUGACAACCAGAACCAGAACAAGAACAUAAACCAAAUCCUGGCUACUCUCCUUCGAGACGACCCUCCUACAAACGUGCUGAACAAAGUCCGCAACAGCGAGGUGUACGUUGGCACCUGGUUGGUGGAGGCAGUUAAGGUAGACGGACCCCCACUCGUGCACUCAGAGGCCGGGGUGGCACAACACUUAAAUGAUUUGCUUAGAAUGAGAAACAAUAACGUUCCUGAUUGGUUGAUUUUCUAUGCCUUUGCCUCCCCAUGUGACCAAAGAUGUACAAACAGUCAACAUCCAGCUAACAUCCUCACAUCAAUCAAUGUGAUGAACCAGUGGCCAACUCGCUUCUUUGUAUUUAGUAAAAUCUUCAGACCUCGUAGCGGUUUAGCAAUCCCUGUAGAAAGCCUCAGUGAGUCUCUCCAACGACUGGGGACAGUAAUUGGGAAGGAGAACAUUUUUCGCUGUGAUCAAGGAACGUGCACUCCCUGUUUCAAUGGGAAUGUGGUAUCAACUGUUUGUGUUUCAGAUUGAAAAAACAAAAUUAAAAACAAAAUCAGAAUUAAUUUGAGAUUCUUGUUGAAAAGGUGGUCCACCAGGGGGCGUCUGGCAGAUUAUAUCAUCUGAAAAUUUACAUCCAUUUAUUGUUAAAUGUUCAUUCACUUAACCUGUUUACCAGAAUAAAUUAAAGAAAAAAAAUCUGAAUAAA